AUGGGCUCGGUCUAUCGUGAUCGCUACGACGACUCUCGAACCUCUGUAUCUUCCACUCGCCGAGACGGGGGAUAUACAACAGUCAAACGCUACGUGGUCAAAGAGGACGACAGUCGUUCUUCCGUCGGCCGGGAUCGUCGAUCUUUUGUUCCGGAACGGGCGGGUGAACGAGUAGAAGAGACACGGAUUGUCCGCCGUGAACGUGAUGUCGAAGAGCCCGUGCGCGAUGUGCAUCGGGACGAUGCGCGGCUGUCCGAGCGUGAGCUAGUCAUCCGCCGAGAGCGAGAUGAUGAACCCCGAAGAGAUCGGGACUACUACGAAAGAGACUACUACAAUGUCCGGCGCGAAGAGCCUGCGGAACGAGAAAUUGUCAUCCGGCGAACCACUGAGCGAGAAGAACCGCGUCGAGAUGACCUGACAGUGGCAAGGUUUGAUGAUCGAACCCGGGAUGUCCGAGUUUCUGAGACAACUCGUUAUCGAGACGAUUUCGAAGUUCUACCUCCGACUCGCGGUGGCUUUGACGAUAGAGACCUUCAGAAGUAUACUCGCACUGCAGAAUACUUCAGCCCACCACCUCCACCACCCCAGACGAUCAUCAUCCGCCAGGAACCUAUCAUCAUCCGGGAGCGUGUUCGAGAUGAUGACUAUCAGAUUGUUCGCAAAUCUGACGUGGAGGAGGAGCGCAGUGUGGUCCGUCGAGAACCGCCUCGCGGAGAAGAAGACUUCUUCUACGAGAAAAAGGUACGGGAGCGUAUCGAUGAGCCAGACGAUUACUACGAGCGUCGCACCCGCCGAGGUCGUUCUGUGAGUCCGCACGAUUCUGUUUCUCAACGGGGCCGUGACUAUAGCAGUGAUGACAGUAUAGUCUAUGUGCGGAAGGAGACUCGCGAGGACAGCUCUAGCCCUCACCGUAAAAGAAACCUCGCCGCCGGCGUUGUUGCUGGAAUUGGCGCUGCCGAGAUCCUUCGCCACCACAAGAAGAAAGAAGGUCAGGACACUUCGCAUGGCAUCGGUCGUAUAGGGCGUGAUGUUGGUGCUGGCGCUCUAGGCGCUCUAGCAGCGGAAGGCAUUGAGCGCUACAGAAGCAAGAGUCGCCAUCGGUCAAGGAGUCGCUCAUCUAGCCGCCAUCGCUCGCGCUCUCGAAGACGGCGGAGUCGCUCUCGGUCAGAGUCUCCUUCAAAGCUGAAGACUCUUGGUGCUGUUGGCCUUGGUGCCGCCGCAUUGGCUGCUGCGGCAACCUUUGCAGGAAAGCGUCUUGCCAAAGGUAAUGAUGAUGAUGGUGGCCGUCGCAGUCGCUCUCGGAGGCGAUCCAGCUCUCGGCGACGCUCUAGAUCUCGCUCAGCCUCCAUCGAAAGUCUGGAAAAUGAUCCGUCCGCUCCGUCCACCGACGCCCGCAAUCCCAAGCAUCGUAACAAGAGAAUUGCGGAGGCCGGUGCUGCAGGCGCCAUUGUAGCAGGACUCAUCGAGCGAGCAAGAAGCAAGUCAAGAGCAAGAGACGGAAGAGAACGCUCCAAGAGCCGUGUCAGACAGGCACUCCCUGUGGUUGCUGCAGGCCUCGGCAGUGCUGCUCUUGCUGGUCUAUACGAAAAGAACAAGGCCAAGAAAGAAGCAGAACAGAUUGUCAAAGACGAGCGUCGGGCGCGUUCAAGGUCCAGAAGUAGAGCUAGGUCUGAUGCCUACUAUGAUGGGCCCAGAGAAGGCGCUAUCAGCGAUCCCGGCUUGAUCGAGUAUGGUGCAGGCCCAAUGUAUGGUAACAAUUACGGACCAGAUUACUAUGGCAGGCCGCCACCGCCGGAGGGCUAUUAUGGCGCUUCCAAUGCUGUUGUCCCCGCCGCGACAGGCGCUGCCGCCGGUGCAUACGGCGCGCAAAGAGCGAGAAGCAGAUCUCGAAGCUUGAGCCGCGAACGUGGGGGACGGAGAUCAUCUCGCAGCUCUAGCUCUUCUGGUGGUGGGCACUACAGCCGACGUCGAUCAUCCAGAGACGCAGCCAAAAUGGCUGCCGCCGCAGGAGCUGGAGCAGUUGCUGCUUCCGAGUAUGACAGACGAAAGCAAGAGAAACGUGAGCGUAAAGCUCGUAGACGUCGUGAAGAGAAUUAUGGUCAUGAUCCAUACGAGGACAACUACAAUCCAGCUCAGCAAUAUCCCCCUACGCCUCCUCCCCCGGUGAACGAUCCAUAUGCCUCUCAACAGGGGUUCUAUCCGCAGACAAGCCAAUUCCCCCCGCCGCCAGGUGCUGUUCCCCAACAGCAGUAUCCUCCUCAAACCUCGACUCCAGGACCAACGGCUGGGAAUCCAUAUGGGCAAGCAUAUCCACCCCCACCGCCAGGGCCUCCACCUAAUACCACCGUACCUACUUACGAGACAUACGCUACUGGUGCAAAUCCAUACGCACCACGUGGUCCUGAAAAUGUGAGUGCUGUGCCAAACUCUACCUCUGGCCAUCCUUUUGUACCUGCCACUUCCAAUGACCAGAGCCAUGUCCAUGGUGUAAAUGGGACGGUUCGAGCUGCACCCUCACCGCCCAUAGAGGUCCACUCACUUUCAAACACCAUUCCAGCGAGCUAUGAGCCGCCCCGUGGGAACCUGACGCCAACGAACGCAUACACCUCUUCAAUGGAUCGAUCGCCAUCACCACCUCGCUCUCGAUCGCAACCGCCUUCAACUAGCAGAAAAAGUGUGCAAUUUGCGGAAGCGCCCCAAGUCGCCACCGUUCCAAAUGAGGCAGCGAAAGAGACCGAGGAGGUAGCUCCGGACCGACGACGACAUCGCCACAAGCACUCUCACUCUGGUGGAUACGAAGCUGAGGAUGAUACGGACUCGACGCCAGAUGAUCUACGCCGAGGCACGCGAGAGCCCUCCUCUCGAUCCCAAGACCCUGAGUCAUCAGAACGUCGACAUCACCGCCGCCGUUCCCACGAGCCUACAUCAUCUCGCAACGACUCGAGUAAGAGUUCCAAAGACCGUGAGCUCGAAAGAGUCAUAAGCCCAGCCGAUUCGGAUGCAACGAUUGAACUACCUCCUCGAUUUGACGAGAGAGGUCGCAAGAAACCCGAGACUGGCGAUGAUCCUUUAGCAGACAAGAUUGACGAGAUCCUGACGGGGAAAGGGGCUGCGGGGAAAGUGUUUGGAAACUUCUUGGAUGGACUCUUUGGGCCCGAUGGUCGACGAAAGAGAGGCAGAUGA